AUGGGGCUUCCCAUGCAGGUUUUGACCUGCGCCAUCAUAGCUUUGCUACACCACCAUGUCAACGGUGGGCUCAUCAAGAGAAUUAUCCGGCAGAAGCGGGAGACCGGGUUAAACGUGACCUUGCCAGAGGAUAACCAGUCUGUGGUCUUUAACCACGUCUACAACAUUAACGUACCCAUGGGCUCCCUCUGCUCGGUGGACUUGGACUCAGCUAAUGAGGACACAGACCUGAAGUCCCAGGUUGAGCCGAGCAAGACCUACCAGGAGCACACGGUGAAUGAGGGGAACCAGAUUGUCUUCACACAUCGCAUCAACAUCCCCCGCCGGGCUUGUGGCUGUGCGGCUGCUCCUGACAUCAAGGAUCUGCUGAGCAGACUGGAGGAGCUGGAGGGGCUGGUAUCCUCUCUACGAGAGCAGUGCUCCAGCAGUGCUGGCUGCUGCCCCAGCAGCCUAACAGCAGAAGGUCAAGUGGACACCACACCAUAUUGCAGCGGACGAGGGAACUACAGCAGUGAGCACUGUGGUUGCAUUUGUGAACCUGGCUGGAAAGGACCCAACUGCUCAGAACCAGAAUGCCUGAACAAUUGCAACAACAAAGGCCGCUGCGUCAAUGGCAAAUGUAUCUGUGAUGAGGGCUUCACUGGGGAGGACUGCAGUCAGCUCACCUGCCCCAAUGACUGCAGUGACCAAGGCAAAUGCAUCAAUGGUGUUUGUUUGUGCUUUGAGGAGUACACCAGUGAGGACUGCAGUGAAGAGCUUUGCCCGGUGGCAUGCAGUGAGCAUGGAAAGUGUGUGAACGGGCGGUGUGUGUGCGACGAAGGCUUCACUGGCGAGGACUGCAGUGAGCCGCUCUGCUUGAACAACUGCAACAACCGUGGGCGCUGCGUGGAGAAAGAGUGUGUGUGCAACGAAGGCUACACGGGUGAAGACUGUGGCGAGCUUAUCUGCCCCAAUGACUGCUACGACCGUGGCCGCUGUGUCAACGGGACCUGCUACUGUGACGAGGGCUUCACCGGGGAGGACUGCGGGGAGCUGACCUGCCCCAACAACUGCAACAACAACGGCCGCUGCAAUAAUGGGCUGUGCAUCUGUAAUGAGGGCUUUGUGGGCGACGACUGUAGCGAGCGGCGGUGCCCCAAGGACUGCAACAAGCGGGGGCGCUGCGUCAACGGGAAGUGCGUGUGCAACGAGGGCUUUGCUGGUGCCGCCUGUGGCCAAGUGAAGUGCCCCAAAGAUUGUAACAAGCGGGGCCGCUGCGUCAACGGGCAGUGUGUGUGCCAGGAGGGCUUCAUGGGCGAAGACUGCAGUGAGUUGCGGUGUCCCGGCGACUGUAGCAACCGGGGCCGCUGCGUCAACGGGCGGUGCGAGUGUGACGAGGGCUUCACAGGCGAGGAUUGCAGCCAGCUGAAGUGUCCCAAUGACUGUCACAACCGCGGGCGUUGCGUCAACAAGCAGUGCGUGUGCAACGAGGGCUUCAUCGGCGAGGACUGCGGGGAGCUGAGGUGCCUCAACGACUGUAAAAACCGGGGGCGCUGCAUCAACGGGCAGUGUGUGUGUGAAGAGGGCUUCGUGGGCGAGGACUGCGGAGAGCUGAGGUGUCCCAACAACUGUAAUGAGCGCGGGCGCUGCAUCAAUGGGCAGUGCGUGUGCGACGAGGGGUACAUGGGGGAGGACUGUGCUGAGCUGAGGUGCCCCAAUGACUGCAACAACCGGGGGCUCUGCGUCAACGGGCUGUGCGAGUGUGACAAUGGGUUCACAGAGAUGGACUGUAGCCAACAGCGGUGCCCCAGUGACUGCAACAACCGGGGUCGCUGCAUCAACGGACAGUGCCUGUGCGAAGAGGGCUUUGGAGGAGUGGACUGCAGUAAGCGAUCCUGCCCCAACAACUGCAAUGACAUGGGCCGCUGCAUUGAUGGGCAAUGCAUUUGUGAUGAUGGAUACGAAGGGGAUGACUGCUCCAAUGUGUCCCCUCCAAGCGAUUUGACAGUGACAGACGUGACAGAUAAGACUGUCAAUCUGGAAUGGAAGAAUGAGAAUCUAGUCAAUGAGUAUCUCAUCACCUAUGUUCCUACCAGUGUUGGUGGCCUAGAACUGCAGUUCAGGGUGCCUGGAAACGAGACAUCUGCUACCAUCCGUGAACUGGAGCCUGGCGUGGAAUACUUUAUCCGUGUGUUUGCCAUCCUAAAGAACAAGAAGAGUAUUCCAAUCAGUGCCAGGGUGGCAACCUAUCUACCUGCUCCUGAAGGCCUGAAAUUCAAAUCCAUCAGGGAGACAUCUGUGCAGGUGGAGUGGGAGCCUCUGAACAUUUCAUUUGAUGGCUGGGAGCUCGUCUUCCGAAAUAUGAAAAAGGAAGAUAAUGGGGACAUAACCAACAGUUUGAAGAGACCAGACACAUCAUAUAUGCAGCCAGGUUUGGCACCAGGACAACAGUAUAACGUAUCCCUGCAUGUAGUGAAAAACAAAACCAGAGGACCUGGGCUGUCUAGAGUGUUUACCACAAAGCUUGAUGGCCCGAGCCAGAUUGAGGCAAGGGAUGUGACAGACACCACAGCUUUAAUCACAUGGUUCAAACCUUUGGCUGAAAUCGAUGACAUAGAGCUCACCUACGAACCCAAGGAUGUUCCAGGGGGCAGGACGACCAUUGACCUCUCUGAGGAUGAAAGCCAGUAUUCCAUUGGGAAUCUGAAGCCACACACAGAGUAUGAGGUGACGCUGAUCUCUCGGCGCAGGGACAUGGCUAGCGACCCUGUGAAGGAAACCUUUGUCACAGGCUUGGAUGCACCAAAGAACCUGAAGCGACUGUCUCAGACAGACAACAGUAUCACCUUGGAGUGGAAGAACAGUCAAGCCAGCAUCGAUAACUACAGAAUCAAGUUCGCUCCCAUCUCAGGUGGAGACCAUGCUGAGAUAACUGUGCCAAGGAGUAACCAGGCCACAACCAAGACAACGCUCACAGGUCUGAGGCCUGGAACUGAAUAUGGCAUUGGAGUGACAGCAGUGAAGCAGGACAGAGAAAGUACUCCCGCUACUAUCAAUGCUGCAACCGAUCUGGAUAAUCCCAAGGACUUGGCGGUCAGUGAUAACACUGAAAUGACCCUCUCCCUCCGCUGGAGAAGACCACUGGCCAAGUUUGACCGCUACCGCCUCACUUACAUGAUCCCCUCUGGGAGGAAGAUUGAAAUUGAGAUACCAGCAGAUAGCACCUCUUACAUCUUGCGAGGGCUGGAGCCUGGUACAGAAUAUACCAUCACCCUAGUGGCAGAGAAAGGCAGGCACAAGAGCAAACCCACAAUGGUGAAGGAGUCUACUGCCACACAUAGUCUAGAUCUAAAGUGGGAGCCGACUCCUGGCCCAGAGGAGUACUCUGGAUCUUGGAGCUCAGAGGCCUCUGGGAUGGGGGAGGAUACGCUGAGGGAUGUUGUGGUCUCCAAUGUGACAGCGCAUGGCUUUAGUCUCUCGUGGAAGGCGGACUCAGGAGCCUACACUAGUUUUGUGGUGGAGUACAAGGAGGUGGCGUGGGCAGCUGGGCCCCUUGCAGAAGUCUUCAUGCCCGGAGACUCCUUAGGCACUGUGAUUGAUGGCCUCCAGGCUAACACAUCCUAUAAAAUCAAGGUGUACGGAAUGAUUGGAGGACAGCGCUCCCAUCCUCUUGAAGCUGUGGCUACAACAGCACAUCUAGUCACAGCAUCUGGAGAAUCAGACAGUGAAACAACACUUAAUCCUACCAGCCCAGCACCUACUGCGCUAAGUUACUUAACAAACCCAAGCACUGAUUCUCAUGCUCUGCUUUCAGUGCCCACUGAUUUUUCCAUCCUGGAAGCCACUGCCCAACUUCAUGAUCUUAAAAUAACAGGCAGGACUUUCAAUAGUUUCACAGUGUCCUGGGCAGCACAAGAUGCAUUAUUUGAUCAGUUCUUUAUCACUCUGAAAAGCCUGCCCAGUUUAAACAGGACCCAGGAAAUCUUUGUGCCGGGAAACCUACGAGAAACAGAAUUUACCAAUCUCACAGCUGGCACACAAUAUCUGAUUAAUCUCCAUGGAAGCUCUCAAGGUCAGCUCUCUCAGUCACUGGAUGCUCUAGCUGCCACAGAGGAGGAACCUGAGCUCGGAAAGUUAACAGUAUCGAAGGUUAGCUGGGAUGGUUUCCAACUCAACUGGACAGCAGCAGAAGGGGCCUAUGAGACUUUUGUCAUUCAGGUGCAGGAGCCUAAAAAUCCAGAAGAAGCUCGGAAUCUCACAGUCCCAGGCAGCCUGCGCUUUGUGAAUGUUCCUGGCCUCAAGGCUAACAUGCCCUACACUGUCACCCUUUAUGGUGUGAUUCAGGGCUACAGGACCAAGCCCCUUUCUGUUAACACCACAACAGCAGCAGAACCCGAAGUUGGUGAACUAAUGGUUUCCAGCAUUACCCCCGAAAGCUUCAACCUUUCCUGGACAGCCCCGGAUGAGGCCUUCAAGACCUUUACCAUUGAAAUUAUUGAUUCUAGCAGGUUACUGGAGCCCAUGGAGUACAACAUUUCAGGCAACUUAAGGACUGCUCAUAUCUCAGGGCUUUCCCCCAAAACUGAUUUUAUUGUCUACCUCUCUGGGAGCACGCGUGGUUUCCGCACAAAGACAAUAAGUGCUGCAGCUACUACAGUAGAUGAACCUCUCCUUAGCAAACUAACUGUCUCAAACGCUACCUCAGACAGUGUGUCCCUCACAUGGGAAGCUCAGGAUGCUGCCUUUGAUCGCUUUGUUUUAGAAGUUAUAAACUCUGACUUGCCUUUGGAUUCUCUGGUGCACACGGUGCCAGGGGCCUCACGGAGUUUUGUAAUCACCAACCUAAGAGCCGCCACUAAUUACACUGUCCAACUGCAUGGUCUAGUUGAUGACCAAGGUGCUCAGACUUUGACAGCACUGGUUACCACAGAGGCCAAGCCACAGCUGGGCACGCUCACACUCACAAACGUUACCCCCGACAGCUUCAACCUCUCAUGGACCGCGAGAGAUGGGCCUUUUGCAAAGUUUGUUAUAAAUGUUAGAGAUUCCUAUGCAACCCACGCGCCGCAGGAGCUUACGGUGUCAGGAAGGGCCCGCAGCGCUCGCAUCUCAGGCCUGGCAGAUUACACUGGCUAUGAUAUUAACAUUCAGGGCACCACCAAUGCAGGGGUCCACACAGAGCCCCUCACUGCUUUUGUCGUGACAGAGUCCAUGCCCCCACUGGAAAACCUAACUGUCUCUGAUAUUAAUCCUUAUGGGUUCACGGUGUCCUGGAUGGCAUCGGAGAAUGCCUUUGACAACUUUCUAGUAAUCGUGGUGGAUUCUGGCAAGCUGCUGGACCCACAGGAGUUCCUCCUUACAGGAGCCCAGCGGCAACUGGAGCUUAAAGGCCUUAUUACUGGCAUUGGCUAUGAGGUUAAGCUUUAUGGUUUUGCCAAGGGGCACCAAACAAAGCCCAUAAGCACUGUGGCUGUUACAGAAGCAGAACCAGAGGUUGACAACCUUCUGGUUUCAGAUGCUACUCCAGGUGGCUUCCGUCUGUCCUGGACUGCAGAUGAUGGGGUCUUCGACAGCUUUGUUCUUAAAAUCAGGGAUACCGACAGGCAGUCUGACCCACGGGAACUAAUUGUUCCAGGCCAUGAACGCACCCAAGAUAUAACAGGGCUGAAAGAGGGUACUAAGUAUGACAUUGAACUCUAUGGACUUAUCAGUGGACGACGUUCCCAGCCCAUAAAUGCAGUAGCUACCACAGCUGUGGGAUCGCCCAAGGCAAUCAGUUUCUCUGACAUUACUGAAAACUCAGCCACAGUCAGCUGGUCGCCUCCAAGGACCCGAGUGGAGAGCUUCCGGAUUUCAUAUGUCCCCAUAACAGGAGGUACUCCCAAUGUUGUGACGGUGGAUGGAACCAAGACUAGGACCAAGCUGGUGAAACUGAUCCCAGGUGUAGACUACACUGUCAGUAUAAUAUCCAUCAAAGGGUUUGAAGAAAGCGAGCCAAUCUCUGGAAUUCUGACUACAGCUCUGGACAGCCCAUCAGGACUGGUAGCGGUGAAUAUCACAGACUCUGAGGCCUUGGCAGUCUGGCAGCCAGCGAUUGCCACAGUGGACAAUUACAUCAUCUCCUACAUUGCUGAGGAUGAGCCAGAAGUUACUCAGACGGUGUCUGGGAACACUGUGGAAUAUGACCUUAAUGGCCUUCAUCCUGCAACCGAAUAUAUCCUGAGGAUCUAUGCAGUAAAGGGACCGCAGAAGAGUGAGACAGUCUUCACCAAAUUCACUACAGGCAUGGAUGCGCCAAGAGAUUUGAGUGCCAUUGAGGUUCAGUCAGAAACAGCAGUGCUGUCGUGGAGGCCUCCACGGGCUUCUGUCACCGGCUAUCUCCUUAUCUACGAGUCUAUUGAUGGCAAAGUCAAGGAAGUCAUCCUGGGACCGGAGGCAACUUCCUACAGCCUGUCUGAGCUAAACCCGUCCACCCAGUACACAGUGAAACUGCAGGCACUGAACAGAGCCCUGAAGAGCAAGCUAAUCCAGACUAUCUUCACCACAAUUGGACUUCUCUAUCCUUACCCUAGAGACUGCUCCCAAGCUCUGUUGAAUGGAGAAAGUGCCUCUGGACUUUACACCAUUUAUACGAAUGGAAACAAGUCACAGCCUAUGGAGGUGUAUUGUGACAUGAACUCUGAUGGAGGUGGAUGGAUUGUGUUUCUGAGGCGCCACAAUGGAAAUGAGGAUUUCUACAGGAACUGGAGGACUUACGCUGCUGGGUUUGGAGAUCCCAAGGAUGAAUUCUGGAUAGGUCUGGAGAACCUCCACAAAAUCACUUCCCAGGGCCAGUAUGAGCUGCGUGUGGAUCUGCGAGACAAGGGCGAGACAGCUUACGCUCUCUAUGACAGGUUUAGCGUGGGAGACUCCAAGACCCGUUAUCGGCUAAAAGUGGAUGGAUACAGUGGAACGGCAGGUGACUCCAUGACCUAUCACAAUGGACGGUCCUUCUCCACCUUUGAUAAGGACAAUGACGCUGCCAUCACAAACUGUGCUUUGUCCUACAAAGGUGCUUUCUGGUACAAGAAUUGUCACCGAGUCAAUCUGAUGGGCAGAUACGGUGACAACAGCCACAGUCAGGGCAUUAACUGGUUCCACUGGAAGGGCCAUGAAUACUCCAUCCAGUUUGCAGAAAUGAAGUUGAGACCCAUCAGCUUCCGGAAUCUAGAAGGGAGACGAAAGAGAGCAUAA